AUGAUCCUAAUGUUGAAGUUGGUUUCGAUCCUCUGCCUUGUGGCUAAGUGCGCAUUAUGCUUUGAGCAACCCGAUAGUGAUGAUUUAAAUACCAUAUGGGGCCAGGAUUGGCCUUUUAGCGGCAUAAACACUUAUGCACAUCUACCUCAUACAAAGUGUUUGUUGGAUAAAAAUCUGACUUUCGAUAUAGGUGUAAUCGGCGUUCCAUUUGAUAGUGCAGUCUCUUAUCGUCCUGGGGCCCGAUUUGGACCUCAAGCAAUUAGAGCUGCUUCUCAGCGACAAUUUUCCUUCCGUGGCUUCAACUUUCGUGCAGGAAUCAACCCAUAUAAAAGUUGGGCAAAAAUCUUGGACUGUGGAGAUGUUCCAGUUACUCCAAUGGAUAGCAAUUUGGCACUCAACAUGAUGACUUCCGCAUACAAAAAUCUUCUAGAUAGGAAAAGUGCGUAUGAAGACUCUUCAAGCCCACCAAGAUUGGUGACAUUAGGUGGUGAUCACAGCAUCAUACUGCCUAUUUUGAGGAACCUGUAUGAUAUUUACGGGCCUAUUACUGUUAUUCAUUUUGAUUCCCAUCUCGAUACUUGGUCACCAAUAGAUUAUCCUUCAUAUUGGACCUCCACUGCUUCAGAGUUCAAUCAUGGCACAAUGCUAUGGAAAGCCAAACAGGAAGGUCUUUUAUCCAAGAAUAAUAUUCAUGCUGGUUUGAGAACGCGCUUAAGCGGUAAUGAUUGGGGAGAUUAUGAAGCUGAUGACAGAACAGGUUUUCAUCGAAUCGAGAGUGACAGAAUUCUCAAAGUUGGUGUGGAUGGAAUUGUUGAAGAGAUAAAAAAUAUGUUACCUGAAGGAACUCCAAUAUAUGUCAGUGUUGAUAUUGAUGUCCUGGAUCCCAGCGCAGCUCCCGGAACAGGAACUGCGGAAGUUGGUGGCUGGUUGACAAGAGAAUUAAUUAGUAUGUUGCGUUCUCUUGACACCUUUCCUCUGAUAGGUGCCGAUAUUGUCGAAGUUUCUCCCCCAUAUGAUCAGAGUGACAUAACAAGCUUCGCUGCUUCUCACAUUGCGUAUGAGCUUAUCAGUACUAUGGUAAAGCAGGGCCCCAUUGAUUUGGAAAGUCACAACUCCAAUUUUCACUCUUUUGAAAACAAUCAAAGUAAAGAAAAAACCGGAUUCUUUGCCAAGGAGUGGUUUUAG